CUCAUCUGCUUUCCCUCCUCCUCCCUCUCCCCAGUCCACCGACGACACACAGGGCGGCCAAUGAGCCUCCCAUCUUUGUUGGUGGGUGCUCUUCGCGCCCAGGUGCGACAUACCAGGACAGCACCUUUGCAUUCGCUACCUCAGGCCCGCUCGCUUUCCGUCUCGUGUCGUCCCUUCACCCUCCUAAAUCUUCAGGCAUCUAGUGUUCUACAUAGACAAUCUCUCCUCUCUCAGCAUGCAAGACACAUAUCUCUUGGUUCCAUCUUCUCACGGCAACCUACACCUACACCACCUCCAGUGGUCGUAGCCAGAGUGGCUCAAAUGGAAGCUGAGGCAAGCGCGAACCCGCACGACGUCCAUAAGCAAAUUGCUUUGUUUGAAGCACUGGUCGGAACGGGAGUGAAGCCGGGUUAUGACGUUGUCAUCGCACGGUGGGAACGGAUGUGCGAGUUUGAUCCAACAAACCCUCUGAUACGUUCGGACAUUGCCUUCCAAUUCUACCUCAACGCCUUGCUCAAGAAUGGACUUGCCUCUUCUGUGGAUGCUGCCGUACGGAGACGCGACUCUAUCCUUGCUGCAACGGCUUCUGCCGCUACCUCGUCUACGGCUGCAUCGUCUGAUGCGUCAUCUGAAGCGACAUCCUCUGAUGCUACCCCGGCCACGGAAUUCUCGACCUCGAACACGUCUACCCAUGUCACACAGACGUCCAGUCAGAAGCUUGCGCAAGCGGUCCUCGCGGGACAAGGCGCUGCCUCUUCUGCUUCCGCACCGCUGAACACCGACAUAGCAAAGUUGCAAGCGGCUCUGAGCGGCGGUUUAGGCGGACCUACCAGUCCGAUAGUGGUCACGCUAGCGGAACAAAAGAGUUCCUGGCUACCGCGGCUAGUCAGGUUUUUGGUCAUCAGCAUCAUCGCCACUUUCUUCUUCCUCGUCCUCAUGGCCGUACUGCUUGAGAACUCAGGAUUGAUGAAGGCUGGUCCCAGGACGACUGAAUUCGAGCCUCAGCAGGGCAAGACCUACAAGUUCAGCGACGUUCACGGUGUUGACGAGGCGAAGGAUGAACUGCAAGAGGUAGUCGAGUUCUUGAAGGACCCUACUACGUUCGCAACUCUUGGUGGCAAGUUGCCGAAGGGUAUCCUCCUCACUGGUCCUCCUGGAACUGGUAAGACGAUGCUAGCUCGUGCGGUGGCUGGCGAGGCCGGCGUCCCAUUCUUCUUCGCUUCUGGCUCGGACUUCGAUGAGAUGUUCGUUGGCGUGGGUGCGAGGCGUGUUCGUGACCUCUUCGCCGCAGCACGCAAGCGAGAGCCCGCGAUCAUCUUCAUCGACGAGCUUGAUGCGAUAGGAGGAAAGCGUUCCAAUCGUGACCAGCAGUACCUGAGGCAGACCCUGAAUCAGCUGCUCGUUGAGAUGGACGGCUUCUUGCAAAACGAGGGCGUCAUUGUCAUUGCGGCGACCAACUUCCCUGACAGUUUGGAUCCCGCGCUCGUGCGACCUGGUCGUUUCGACAGGCAUAUCGCAGUGCCUCUGCCGGAUGUGCGGGGACGCGUCCAGAUCCUGAAGCACCACAUGAAGGACGUAACCACAGAGCCUAGUGUCGACGCCAUGGUUCUCGCCCGUGGUACACCUGGAUUCUCGGGCGCAGACCUGCAAAACAUGGUAAACAUGGCUGCGGUGCAAGCUUCCCGGGGUGGCGCGAAAGCAGUCAAUUUGAAGCACUUCGAAUGGGCCAAGGACCGGAUCGUCAUGGGUAGUGAGCGAAAGACGGCUUAUAUCAGCGACGAGGUCAAGCGCAUGACUGCGUACCAUGAGGGUGGCCAUGCCCUGGUGGCGCUUUACACAGACGGCGCGAUGCCACUUCAUAAAGUUACGUGUGUGCCGCGCGGCCACGCUCUCGGUAUAACAAGUCAGCUACCUGAAGAUGAUCGCUAUUCGGUUUCUCUCAAGCAGUAUCUCGCUGAGAUUGACGUGUGCAUGGGUGGUCGCGUCGCCGAAGAACUCGUCUACGGCCCUUCGAACGUAACGAGUGGCGCGUCAUCAGAUCUGAGGCAUGCGACUCUGACCGCCCGCGCAAUGGUCAAGAACUGGGGAUACUCCGACAAGGUUGGUCCGGUGUGGUACGGCGAUCGUGACGCGAUUAGUCCUGCGAAGAGCGACGAGAUAGAGCGCGAGAUACGCGACUUGCUCAUUGCGGGUGAAUCGAGAGUCGCCACGCUUCUCAAAUCAAAAGAGGACGAGCUGCAUAGACUUGCAUCUGCUCUCGUGGAACAUGAGACUUUGGACGCCGAAGAAGUCAAGAAGGUCAUCAAGGGCGAGCCAAUACGAAACAUCAAAGAAGUGAUUCAGGAGGACCUCUCACGAAUGUCAGAUGAAUCUCCUAGUACCUCAUAGUACGGCGCGUUGCGCCCUCAUCUUGGGUUGGCAUGUUGUCUUCAUGCUGUCUUCGCAUUCGUGUCCCCUAAUUUACUGCCGUUGAACUAUAAUUUUGUACGAUAUCCUGUCGUCGUGAUGUUAUGCAACAGCCGCCUCCCUCACGUCGA